AUGACGAUACCGGAGCUGGAGGCCAUUGACAGCGCGCUCGAAGCGCGUCUGGCGGCAAACCAUCGCAUGCAGUCGGAGCUGGAAGAGAUGGAGACUCGCAUCCUUGAGUUCCUCAAGGAGACGGACAUUGCUCUGUUUCCUGCCGUGGAGGAUGUCAGCUGCAACUGCAUUCCCGAGCAUUUUGUCCCGCCGGCCGCCCUACCGCAACAUUUGAAGCGCUGCCACGGCAUCGUCACUCAUGAGGGUGAGCCCUCAUCCACCCAGUUCUUCUACCAGCAACCUCCCAGCGUCAACACAGCCCGACAAACGACCCAAGUACCACCACCUACGGAGAGCAUCCCAUUCGAACCGGUUGCUGACCCCAACGACCACUUCGUCGACGUAUCGUUCGACGACGACGCUGCCGGCGUCACUGACAUGUCCACGUUGGACGACGACGUCGCUCCGUCACUCGUGGAGCCCUCCAAGAGCGACACGAACACCGUUGUUUCAUUCAAGGACGCCGUCCUGGCCAUCGCGUCCACCCCACACGACUUGCAUGCCCACUGCUCGUCCUGGACGUCCAUCCCCGCCGUCUUUUCCCGCCCCGACACGUCGACACUCGCUGCAUCGUCGCCCAUCAUACAUACUUGGGCUACAUCGUGGUGCUACAGCAAAGCCAAUAGCCCGAACGACUCUGCGACCCAGGCGUUGGUAGCCUACAUCGUUCAACUGGUGGAGCACCCAGACUACUGCCAUCCUGACAUCAUGGCCGGCGAACUAGGCGAAUUCCUUGGCGCGUCCACUUCGGUACUUGGUUCCAUCUUGAUCUACUUCUUUUGCGUGAUAGAUACUCUAUCGUCCUAUGUAGCGCUUUGUACUGGAGCUAUGGGCGGUGCUGACUGUGGUACUAGCAAUCGACCAAGUCUGCUUCCUUCCUACGACGACGCCCGCCUCAUUUGUAAGGGAACUCGCGUCGAUUCAACAGACGCGGCGGCUAGCCCUACCAAGUUUAGCCCAUGCGAGCUUGAACACAGCAGCACCACAGCACGGAGCGCUCCGUACCCCGGCCACAGCAGCAGGCAACCCAGAGAAGAAGCGGAAGCUGCCGUCAUAUCCUCGCAAGGCUGGAUCGAAGCGAACGUCCCCCAUACAGGUGCUUCGGCAAGUGAUCGCUAACCAAAUGGAGGCACUGGCCCAUACAAGUGGAUGGCAAGUCAUCGAACAAGAUCAACCCACACGGAGCACACAAGACGGGGAAAAGGCGGCAGCCGCGUCGCGACAACGAGAACGCUUGAUGGGUGUGACCAACCCACUGGACGUGCGGGAUUGGACCAGACCACGACGGCGGCAGCAGCAGAGGAAACGAAGUGCCAGCCGAGAGAGCAGCCGAGAGCCCAGCAAGAGAAGCAGGCGAAGUGCCACCACCACCCCCGAGCACCACCCCAGACAACGACGACACACCAGUCCAAGGCGGUAGUAGAAGUCCACAAAAUGAAGCAUAUGUACUACUACUAUAUACAUGCCCCUGCUAAACUCUACGUAACGUUAU